GGCCGGUGGAGGAGGACGCGCAAGCGCCGUGCGGCCGGGUCCCCCAAGAUGGCUGCCGUGUGCUUCUCACGCUGGCUGAGGGUGGCGGCGGUCGCGUUGGGGGCACGGCGGUGGCCGCUGGCCCUGCGCCUGACUCGGGGGCUCAGCGCGGGGCUGGGGACGCUCCCGACCUGCUCGGUGGCGGCGCCGCGGCUCGGGAGCCACUCCGGGUUUGGACCUCCUCCUUUCAUGCACACUGCCCUGUUUCACACCAGUGCCAGGACCUGUGCCAAGGAGGAUUUAUACCAGGUUUUGGGAGUACCUCGAACAGCCAGCCAGAAGGAGAUCAAAAAGGCCUAUUACCAGCUUGCCAAGAAGUAUCACCCAGAUACCAACAAAGAUGAUCCUAAAGCAAAGGAGAAGUUUUCCCAGCUGGCUGAAGCCUACGAGGUCUUGAGUGACGAGGUGAAGCGGAAGCAGUACGACACCUACGGCACCGCCGGCUUUGACCCCGGCUCAGCAGGGUCUGGGCAGCAGUACUGGGGGAGAGGGCCCACUGUGGACCCCGAAGAGCUCUUCCGGAAGAUCUUUGGGGAGUUUUCUGGGUCUCCCUUUGGGGACUUCCGCAGUGUCUUUGACCAGCCCCAGGAGUACAUCAUGGAGCUAACGUUCACUCAGGCAGCCAAGGGUGUGAAUAAGGAGAUGGUGGUGAACAUCAAUGAUGCCUGCCAGCGCUGUGACGGCCAAGGCCACGAGCCGGGCACCAAAGUGCAGCACUGCCACUACUGCAACGGCACUGGCAUGGAGACUAUCAAUACGGGCCCCUUUGUGAUGCGCUCGACAUGCCGGAGGUGUGGUGGCCGUGGCUCUGUCAUGACGACCCCGUGUGCUCUGUGUCGAGGCACAGGCCAGACCAAGCAGAAGAAGUCGGUGACGGUCCCAGUUCCAGCAGGUGUGGAGGAUGGACAGACUGUUCGAAUGCCUGUGGGCAAGAAGGAAAUCUUCAUCACCUUCAGGGUUCAGAAAAGUCCUGUGUUCAGGAGAGAUGGCGCAGAUAUUCAUUCGGAUCUCCUCAUCUCGGUGGCUCAGGCUGUCCUAGGCGGGACAGCCCGCACGCCGGGCCUCUACGAGACCAUCAGCAUCACGAUACCCGCUGGUAUUCAGUCAGAUCAGAGGAUCCGGAUGAGUGGGAAAGGCAUUCCAAGAGUGAACAGUUAUGGCUAUGGAGACCACUACAUUCAUAUAAAAAUCAGGAUUCCCAAGAGGCUGACUGACCGCCAGCGAGCCUUGAUGCUUAGCUAUGCAGAAGAUGAGACGGAGGUGGAAGGGACCGUGGACGGAGUUACAAACACCUCCACAGGUGGCUGGGGUGCGGCUAGAGCGGGGGCAGGCAAGGACAGGCCGGAGACAGGGGACAGCCAAGAGGAGGGGUUCCUAGCGAAACUUAAGAGAAUGUUUCGCUCCUGAACCGCCCCCGAGGAAAACGUUCUGCUGGAAACUAGGCUUGGAUGGCUGCAGUCCGGGGGCUGGAGGAAAAGGGAGCCCAGAACCUGCCCACGGAGCCCAGCCAGAUGCUUGAGCUCGAGGCCCGCUGGUGGGGACGGUGGAGCAGCCAUCUUUGCAACAUCGACCCCAGGAGGGGUGAAGGACCGACCUACCGUGGAGAAUUGGUCCCCUCCUGCUGUUGUGGACAGAUGGGAAUCUGAACAGGCUGAGUGAGCUUGACCUCUGGCUAUCCCAAGGUUUUGACGAGGGGGGAGAACUGAGUCCCUGGAGAGAAGGGCGGCUUCCCUGUUUCCUUUCCCCUCCCCCUUGGAGGGAGGUGUGGUUCCGGAGGAGAGGCCUAUAGCAAUUUCCUCUCGGUUGUCGAGCAGCAGUUAAAUCGCUCCCUCUCAGUGAGUUUUGCCCUUUGCACUUAAGGGGGGGGCUAGCAUUAGGGGUGGCUCGACACAAUCCCUCUUUGCGCAGGUCUUGCUCUCUUGUAAAGGAUAGUGGCACGUAGGCUGCUUGGUCUGUGGUCACGUAGGGUGAUCGCUCGUUGAUCUUGGCCUUUGCCCCCAAGUUGGGAAGCCCUGGCCAGCCGCCACGUCUGCACUUAGCACACGUGAAUGCUUCGGAAGUGCAGAAUUGGAGGGCGGAGGGAGAGGGCCUCUUUCCUUUUGCAUCUUGUCGUGCUCCUGGCUGGGGAAGGGACAACUGUUAGAGGGGUGGGGGCCAGUCUCUGCGUGAUCCCCACAGCCAGGCAUUUGUGUUCUCUUCAUUUGACACCCCCCCGCCCACACAAACCUGUUACCAAGCAGUGCGCGUAGCCACCCAACAAAGUCCGUUAGGUGUAUUCAAGGUUAAUGUAAAUAAUAGAAUUGCUCUAUAAAAAUGUUUAAUUUGUUUUA